AUGUUAUUUUUGAUUUUGUUAUUAAAAUGUAUAGAUUGUGCAAUUAUAGAGACUUAGACUAUAAGACUUAGGUAAAGUUGUUAAUCAAGAUAAACAGGAUACUUUUGGAAUGGAUAAUAAUGUUUGAGAUGCAAGUCACCUAAUUGUUAAUGUUAAAGUCAAGGCGGAUGUACUUCUUGCAUUGAAAAUUAUUAUUAUGACAAGGAAGACACAAACUGUAAGCCAUGUCCAAAAGGUUGUUAGAAUUGUUGCAAGAACCCUCUAUUAACAUAAUAUGUUUGUACACUAUGUCAAUCUGGAUACAGAAACAUAAAUGGUGUAUGUGUAUUUAUGGGUAGAUGUGCUAUGAUAUCAAUGCAUGGGAGAUGUAUAGAAUGUGAUUAAGGAUAUUAUGUUGAUUUUGAAUUUAUUUGUCGACCAUGUGGAUAAGGAUGUGAAAAUUGUUCUAAUUUAGCAUUUUGCAAUAAAUGUUAGGAUGGCUAUUAUUUGGUUAAUUUAUAGUAAAACCUUGUGUGCAAACCAUGUAGUGUAAUUGGGUGUUAGACUUGUCAAAAAGAUGUAUGUUAAGAAUGUUAAAGAGGGUAUUAUUAAGAUAAUACUAAUUCAUGUAUUCCAUGUAUUAAAGAUUGUGAUUCUUGCUUAAAUUCUAGUGAAUGCGAGGUUUGCAAUUAUUAUUCUAUUGUAAAUGAAGAUAAAACUAAGUGUAAUAGAUGUUAAGAUUUAUUUCCUAAUUGUAUGGAUUGUAAUACAAAAUUUAAUGAAGAUGAAACAUCUUAUUUUGAAUGUGCAUAUUGUUUAAAUGGCUAUUUUUAUAAUGAGGAUGAGAAAAAAUGUUAAACUUGCAUUGAGAAUGAGUAAGACACUGCUCAUAUUAGAAGAUGUGAAUCUUUGGAAAUGAUUACAUAAUGUUAACCUGGAUAUUUGUUACUUUAAGAUAGAUAUAUAGAUUUUAAAUUAGAAAUACCAUAUCUUUUAAAAUAUACUUGUAUUAAAAAUAAUUAUAAUUGUGCAACAAUAAAUGAUUAGAAUGGAUAUUGUAAAUCUUGUUUAAUAGGCUAUAUAUUAUUAAUAGAAGAUUUAACACAAAAAUGUAUAACUUGUAAAGAAAAAGCUUAAAAUUGCUUAGAUUGUUAUAUUACACCAAAGAAUGUAUUUUAAUGUAUUUAAUGUGCAGAGGGUUACUUUCUAGAAUUGGAUGGGAAAACUUGUUCUUCAUGUGGAGAUAAUUGUAUAAAAUGUAAUGAUAAAAUGAAGCAAUGUGAUAUUUGCAAGGAUGGUUAUAUUUAAUUAAAUGGAGUUUGUGAUAGUUGUGGGGUGGAAAAUUGUAAGAGUUGUUAAAUAUAAAAUGUUUGUACUAAUUGUGAGGAUGGUUAUGGAGCAAUAGAUGGACAAUGUAAAUUAUGUUAAUUUGGAUGUAAGCAAUGUAAUUUUAAUUAACAAUUAUGUUAAUAAUGUAUGGAUAAUUACUUUUUGUAUAUGAAAUCUUGUGUACCUUAUCCUGUUCAUUGUCUUGAAACCAAUGAUGAUGGAUUUUGCUAUUUAUGUGAAACCAUAAUAGAUUAUGAUACUAGAUUAGAUUAAUUUAUUGAUGAAGGAAGUGAGAUUCCUAAUUAUAAGGAAUCAAGCAUUUCCAUAUUUUAUAAAAGUGUCAAUGGAUAUUGUUUAAAAUGUAGUGAUUAUGAUACUGGAUAGUAUUUUUGUCCAGAUACUUGUUUAAAUACGAUUCAUUCAUAUGAGAUAAUGCUAGUUUUUUUAUGGUUAUUCCACAUUAUUUUAUGA